UACCGAAUCCGAAUACUAAAAAAUUGUAUUAAAAUAAGUUUCGGAUUUGCAUUUGGACCGUUUCUUUAUUGUGAUGCGACACAUGUCACUAUGACAAACCAACUGCCACUAACGAUUCUCCUGGUGGUGGGCACCACAUUAAAUAGCCUUGAGGCGCUGCGUCGCAAUUUCGAUGGCCGCCAGACGAGCCUCAAUACAAACACAAACAUACCGCUGUGGAAGCAACGCGCCUGUGAGAAGCCGCAGAAAUACAAGAUGAACUCGCAUUACACGUGCGACGAGAAGGGAGACGUCAAGUGUCUGCCCGGCUGGCAAGGGGAUCUCUGUCAGGUGCCGAUGUGUCGUCGGGGCUGUGAUCCGAUGAAUGGCUACUGCCAGCGGCCGGGAGAAUGUCGCUGUAGGAUUGGCUAUAGCGGUGAGCAAUGCGACAAGUGUAUUCCACUUCCUGGUUGUCAGCACGGCACUUGCAACAAACCCUUCGAAUGCAUCUGCAAACCUGGCUGGGAUGGACUCUUCUGCACAGAACCGAGUUGUCGCAGUGGCUGCCACAGCACACGUGGCUACUGUGAGGCACCUGGCGAGUGUCGCUGUCGGAUCGGUUGGGCGGGUCGCAGUUGCAGCGAGUGUGCCACAAUGCCCGGCUGUCAGCAUGGCACGUGCAACAAGCCGCUCGAGUGCAACUGCCAGCCUGGAUACACGGGUCUGCUCUGUCAAACAGCUCUCUGUGCCUCCGACUGCAACAAGCAGCAUGGCUAUUGUCGCAAGCCAGGCGAGUGUCGUUGCAAGGUGGGCUGGACGGGACAACAGUGUGACAAGUGUUUUCCUUAUCCCGGCUGCGUCAACGGCGACUGCGAUGCGCCCUGGGAAUGCAACUGUCAUCCUGGCUGGGGUGGCAUGCUCUGUGACGAGAAGUUGAGCUACUGCAGCGAUCAUCCGGACACAUGUGAGAACGAUGGCAAGUGCAUAUCGCUGAGUAGCGAAGAUGGCAGCUAUCGCUGUCAUUGUCGCCAGGGAUAUCUGGGCAAGAACUGUGAGAUAAGCGAUGACUUUCUGUUGACCUCUGUGGCGCCGCCACGAAUAACGCCGCCACCGCCAGAGAUGUCACAGCUGUCACAGCUGGGCACAAAUGUGCCCAAUGAUGAUGAUGAUGAUGAUGAUGACAGCAGCAAAAACAAUGCAAAGUUGCCGACGAAUCAAGCAAAUUAUACGACAACAACAGCAAUGAGAGCAACCACAGCAGCAACACCUACGACAACAGCAGCAACAGCAACAGCAACAACAGCGAGAACAACAACAACUCGUGCUGCUGGCAAUGCGACUAAUGAAGCGUUAAGCGAUGUUGCAGCUGCUGAUGAGGCGACAAUAUUAAGGCGUGCCACAGCAACAACAGCAACAACGUCAGCAACAGCAGCAACAGAAAGAGUAAAAGAUGUUGUUGCAACAAGUGGCAACAAUGUCACACAGUUCAAUGCACAGCAGCAACUUAGCAAGCCUGUUCAGAUUGAAGCAAACAACGUCAAUGAUAAUGAUAACGAUGAUGACGAUGAUGAUGACGAUGAUGAUGAUGAUGAAGAUGAUUACGAGGAAACAGAUGGCGAUGGGGAGGAUUACGAGGACGAGGAGGAUGACAACGAUCAAAUUAUACCAAAUAUUAUUUAAUCAAAUGGGCUGACAAAUUGC